AUGACCCUCAAAGAACGAAUCAAGAGUGUAUCCCUCAUUUUUGCCUGUGGGACGGCUCUCUUCUCUGAUGGAUACGCCAAUGGCAUCAUCGGAAGUGUCAACACUUUGCUAAACAGGAUCUACGGUCCAGAGAAGUUGAAGGCCCAUGACUACUCCACGACUCUGAGCAGUCUCGCCUUUGCUGGAACGAUAGUGGGGAUGAUCAUCUUUGGUUACUUGUCUGACAAGAUUGGACGCAAAUUCGGCAUGAUGAGUGCGACGGUAAUCGUAGUGCUUUUCUCAGGGCUGUCUGCCGCCUCGUCUGGAGCAAACGGCAGUGUCGGCGGAAUGCUCAGCAUGCUCAGCGCCAUGCGCUUCCUUCUCGGUAUUGGUGUAGGCGCAGAAUACCCUUGCGGGUCCGUCUCCGCGUCUGAGCAGUCAGAGGAGCCUGGAAUCAACAAGAAAGCCCAGCAUCGAUGGUUUGCGCUUGCGACGAAUUCUAUGAUUGAUUUCGGGUUCGUCGUCGCUGCAUUCGUUCCUCUAGUGCUUUUCUGGAUUUUCGGAAACGACCAUCUCCGUGCUGUAUGGCGUCUGUCGCUCGGUUUGGGCAUGGUUCCUGCUGCCGCCGUCUUCAUUUGGCGGUUGAGUAUGGAUGAGCCUGUUCGAUACAAGAAGGAUUCCAUGAAGCACGCCAAAAUCCCGUACAUGCUCGUCCUGCGUCGCUACGGCGGUUCCUUGGCUGCAAUUUCCUUUACCUGGUUCUUGUACGACAUCAUUGUCUAUCCCUUUGGCCUUUACUCCUCUAUUAUCAUCGAUCGCAUUACAGGCGGAAACACCGCUCUCUCCGUCGUCUUUGGCUGGAACGUUGUUAUCAACUUGUUCUAUAUGCCAGGGACCAUCGGCGGCGCUUUCAUCGUUGAUUACUUGGGGCCCAAGUACACGAUGAUCACUGGAUUGCUUUUCCAAGCUGUGGUUGGGUUCAUCAUGAGUGGACUUUAUGCCCCUCUCACGAAACAUGUCGGAGCCUUCGCUGUCGUCUAUGGCAUCUUCUUGACCUUUGGAGAGCUCGGUCCGGGCAACUGCCUUGGUCUUCUCGCCAGUAAAACGAGCCCUACAGCCAUUCGUGGCCAGUACUACGGCGUUGCUGCUGCCAUUGGCAAAGUCGGCGCCUUUGUCGGUACAUGGAUAUUCCCUCCCAUCAUCGACGCCUUUGGCGGCACUUCAACUGACAGAGGAAACACUGGUCCUUUCUGGAUUGGUAGCGGUCUUGCCGUCCUCAGCGCAAUCAUUACCUUCGCAUUCAUUAAGCCUCUCACUACAGACGGUAUGGAAAUCGAAGAUCGCGAGUUCCGUGCAUAUCUCGAAGCACAUGGUUAUGAUACUUCGGCCAUGGGUUUGCCUGGAAUAGAGACGGAACAGUCGUCCAUUGACGAGAAGGAUGAGAAAGAUGAGAAGGUCCAGGUGCAGGUCGUUUGA